UUCAUGUACCUCUCUCAAUAGAGAUUUUCAACUGAACUUUUCCCUUUUUUUCUGUUCUUCAGUCUUAAGUUGGCAGCAUGAGGCAUCGAACAGUGGGGAUGUAUGUAGAGAUUGGUUGUUUUGUGUCCUGUUUGUGUGGCUGGAUUUUGAUUUGUUCCACUCUGGCCACUGAGUUUUGGAUUGUGUCAGGAAGCAACACCGCCGUUCUUGAAUCCGGUGAAUACUAUUCAAACAUCUGGAAGGACUGUGUCACAGACAAUACAGGAGUAUCUGAUUGUAAAUACUACCCCUCUAUGAUGGACCUGUCUGUCUUCCUCCAUGUGAGCAGGGCUCUGGCUGUCAUCGCUGUGAUUUUUGGCUUCUGGGGGGCUGUGCUUUCCCUCAUUGGGAUGAAGUGUACCAAAAUCGGAGGCUCUGAGCUUGCUAACGCCAGAGUGACAUUCGCGGCAGCACUGACGUACAUGGCAUCUGGGUUCUGUGGUAUUAUAGUGUACUCCAUAUGGGGAGAUAAAGUGCGCACAGACUUUUUGGAUCCAUAUUAUUUAGAAUACAAGUUUGAGCUCGGCGCAGCUCUGUUCAUUGGUUGGGGAGGUUCAUGUCUGGUUAUAAGUGGGAGUGCAGUCAUGUGCUAUUUCUCUGGACGAGAGUCAUUCCGCCAAAGGCUCACUAAGAAACCCAGAAGACCACCAACCUACAUGACAGCACGUACCAGACAGACAUACAUGCUGCCGGGCUCGUCCAGACCUACAACAGUCAUCAUGCCUCCUUUAUAUCAAACAAACAGAGAGAGUAGGGGAAGUAGAUACAGUUAUGGUUGGACAGGAAUACAAGGAAGUCAAUCUUCAAGAACUGUCAGACCCUCUCAGCCCCCCAUUGACUCAGCUGUGUAACAAAGUUAAAAGAAACAAAUAAUUUUAAAAAACAUGAAUAAAAAUGGGGGGAGACACAAAUUAAAAAAGGCAAUCAAUUCAAAAUGCAACAUGCCUUUUCCUUGUACCUUACUACUAAGUGUACAUGAAUCUUAUAUCUACAUCUUUUCUUAUAAAGUCUUUUUCUUAUAAAAACUAACACUGUCAGUAUCAGACUUAUCUAGACAAGGAAUGAAAAGCUGUUUUUGUAUGCUUGUAUAGUUUAUGUUUUUGAUUUGCUGUUGUAUUGACCUUGAAGUCAUUGUGUGGCCAUCUGAACCACUUUUUGUUAUGGUGAUUAUUAUUUACUUAUUUAAUUAUUUUUGAACAGAAUUUACACUCAUAUUUCUAUAAAAAUGCACAGUGAUGGCUAAGACUUUAUAAAUAUUACAGCUUCACUUUCUAUUAAACCAUGAUUUUCUGUAAAGCUGCUUUAAUGUGUGUUGUGAAAAGCGCUAUACAAAUAAA